CACUUCACCAGAACCACCUCCCCUCCUCUUCCUAAUCCCUCCCGUCCCUCCUUCACCUUCCUCAAACCUGCGGUCACUUGACCCGGGCGGGGCAGCCCCGUCCCGCCCCGGAGCGGGCAGUGCGGGGCCCCGGGCGAGCUAGGGAGCGCACGUCUUCCCGGAGAGCCGGGAUGGAAACGGAAUCGCCCCUCGGAAAAACCCUAUGAAGUCCCAGAGCAGGCACUAAUGCAAAAUGCCUUUGCAGACCUUCAUUCACAUGUGCCGUGAAAAUGGCCAAUGGAUGUCGCGAUUACCAGAGGAGCUCUGGGAUAUUCCCCUCUACAACUUAGCUCUUCCAGGGAGUCAUGACACUAUGACCUACUGUUUGGAUAAAAGAUCUGCUGUUAGUGGCAAUGAAUCCAAGGUGGUGAAGUUUUUAAACAAAUGUAUGCCCUGCAUUGUGCGCCCCAUUAUCAUGAAGUGGUCUAUCACACAGGUCCUGACUGUGACAGAGCAACUUGAGGCUGGAGUUAGAUACCUGGAUUUCAGGAUUGCCCACAAGGCUAAUGAUCCAUCUAUGAAUUUGUACUUUGUGCAUAUGGUUUACACAACUGUUACUGUACAGGAUACUCUGUGGAAAGUAUUAAGGUGGUUGGAAGCUCAUCCUCAGGAAGUCAUUAUCUUAGCCUGCAGGAAUUUUGAUGGAUUAACCAGGAGACUUCACAGUCAUCUUGUUGCCUGUAUAAAAGAGAUUUUCCAGUGUAAACUGUGUCCCAGGAAUGUGAUACCAACACUGAGGACCAUGUGGCAGCUGGGCCAUCAGGUCAUAGUCUCAUACGAAGAGGACAUGGAACUGAAGGAGCACUGUGAGCUGUGGCCCACGAUCCCAUACUGGUGGGGAAACAAAACAUCCACUCGUGCUCUUAUCCGAUAUUUAGAGCACAUGAAGCGGAAUGGCCGUCCAGGAAAAUUCUUUGUAGCAGGGAUUAACCUUACUGAAAAUUUAGGGUAUAUUCUCCUACACCCAUUUGGAUCGUUGAAGAAAAUGACACUCCGGAGUCUUCCAUGCUUGAAAAUCUGGAUAAAGCAACAGUAUCCAGGACCAAAAAAAGAAUGUAUUAACAUAAUUGCUGGAGACUUUAUAGGAAACAAUGAUUUUGUCAAAGAUGUGAUAGAACUUAACACAAAAAUUAAUCCUCCAUUAGACUGUCAAAGUAGAGGAGCUGGAACAAAUAACAUUUCAUUUGUUGCUUCUUAGUCUGUGAAAAGCUGAAAAGGCUUUGUCUGCAUUUAAUGUGCUCUUCUGUAAACAUCCUGAAUCCCAUAAAGGUCUAUUUAACUUAAACCAGGGAUGCUUUAAAGGCUCAGUAAGAAAAGGUCUCUCAACAUCAUCUGAGUUUCAUGACCUUAGGACCUUGCUGAAGUCUCCAGAAAAUUAUGGUAUAGGUGUAAUUUAUUUGGAGAUGUUUUGAUUCUGUAGCAGCAGGCAAUAUUGGAAGUCCCAAUAACUUAAUCUUAUUUUACAUAGGACCAAGAAGGAGAAAUAUGCCAAUAGCGGCAUGACUUAUUUAGUGAUUUUAUCUUUCUUAUAAUUUUAAGGAUAUUCUGCAUUACUUGCAUCCCCAAUUCUUACUCUUAUAUCAGUGUGAAACUGACUUGUCUGUUUUCAUAGUUUAAAAGGAAGUUUAAAAAUAUUUUUGAUAUAUCAAAGGUACUGUAUUGACAAUCCAAUUUGACAUGAUUUUAUGUAUACACCAAUGUGUUGAGUAUCAGUUGUGAACUGCCUUACUAACAGAGUAGUCACAAAAUUAUUUAUGAUUUGUAAACAGUACGUGUACUUGCACACUUACUCAUGCCAGGUCUGAAGUGAUAAAGAUACCAAAACUAGGCCCCUAGUCAGUUUUGUCUGUGUCAAAUGUUUUAUUAGGUGUUGCCAAAGUGUGCCUUACACUGAAAAUAAACAGAGGAAACAAAUUCCUUAUCUAAAGUCAAACUGCUCUAGAAAUACAGGUUCUUCACUUCUGUCAUGCUCAUUUGGGGUUUCACAUCUGGUCUUUGAUUUAGCUAUUUUAGUAGCUCUAUAAUUAUUUUUCCUCUCACUAAGUAAUUUUUGCUUAUGUGAAAACUAAGGGGUUUAUGCUGUUUGCUAUUGCAUAUGAAUUCUAUUUUUCUAAAUGAACUGUGCAAUAACAGAUGAUCACGAAGGCAAGAGAAAUAGCAAGCAUCAGAACUAAAACAAAAACAGUCGUUGUGUAAAAUUGACUAUGCAGCUUCAUCUAUAUACCUCACUUUUUAGAUGCACUUUAUAUGCAAAAGCUAAGUUCAGAUGUUUGACAAGAUGCUAAUGUUUGCAGAAGUCUUAAAUUAAUUGCUACUUACCAUUGUAUCAAACUCUCUCUAUACUGCUCAGCAUGAAAGGGUAAGAUGCAACCUCUUCAUGGAAUCUCUUGCAAUUGCAGAAUACACAGGAGUAAAAAUUAAACAUUACAUUUAUGAGGAAGACUUCCUAAAUGCUUUUUUUACAGAGCUUUGCAUCCUGUUCUUACUCUAUGUACUUCAUAACGAGUAGUCAUUCAGUUUUUGUUAUAUUACAGGUACUCAGAAGAACUCAGAACAUUCUUCUGCCUAUCUUUUGUACCCUUGUUACUCUAAUAAAACUUGAUCUCUCUGUGUAA